AUGGACGUGAUCGUUGACGCCGAGGCAGAGCUUGCCGUCGUCUCCCGUAAGGUCGUGCUGAACAAGGCAUGCUAUCUCAGAAUAGCAUUCGGCUCAUCUGCCGAGGCGGCGGCGCGGUGCGUGUUUUUGCACGCCCACCAUCGCUAUACGAUCAUUCAGUAUGACGUUUCAUUGGCGCCGAGCGGUGUCGACGGCGUCACGCCUGACGAGCGCCGGCUGCACAGUGGCUCCGAGGCCUGCCUCAUAUACUUUAGAGGACCGGAGCUGCUGCUGAAGGGUGACGCCGUGCAACGGUCGGUCGUGCUCACGCGGCCGGCGCUGAGCCCGACCACGCCGUCCUUCCGAUGCCAGCCGGUCAAUGCGGAUCUGCUCGGGAUUGAAACGACUGUAAUACUUUUAGCCAAAAAGAAUAAUAUAAAGCAGGACGCUUUCCCACCCACGCAAGGGAACAAGGGUCUAGUAUAG